AUGAGAUGCUUCUACCUUCUAGUAUCAUAUGCAGCGAUGUGGAACAAUCGCGUUUUAUACAGUUAUAAUUUCUAUCCCAUAUCAUCACCGCAUGAUCCUUUUCAAUAUUUCACCUUUGAUUAUGGCGAGAACUUUGUGACCCCAUUCGGAAAAUGGCUUCGGACCUUUAGUGGUAAACUUUUACAUUUUAAUCGCAGCCCAAUUAUGACAAGAGUCAGUGCGUCGGGAAAGUACUGUGCUGAAGACGAGAAAGGUUAUGCAGUUGCGUAUGAAUAUAUUUCUCAAAAAGCCAGGCUCGAAAGAUCUCAAGUCAGAUUUCGUGACAAAGUAGACUCUGAUUAUAACCGUUGCGUUGCAGAGUUAUCUAGUUUCAUUGAAGGCAGCAUAAUCAGCUUCUCCAUGGUCAAAGAGGGAUCAGUACCUUAUUGCAGAGUCAAACACUUGGUGAGAUACAUCAUGUCCAGGGAAUCGUUAAUUUUAGACUCAACAACUCAAUGUGAGGAAAGGAAAGAGAGUGUAUGCUUCGUUGCAGACAUGGCUCUUGCCGCAGAAGAUAUCUUGGACUCGUAUCAUCAUUUGACGAUGGCAAAAAUGGGUCAAGCAAAUACAUAUCUUGUCUCUAUAGCCGGGAAACUAUACAUCACUAUCGAUUCUGGUACAAAUAAUGAAUAUUUAAUAUUUACGAGAAAUAGACGCCAGUCUGACGACGAGGUUAUCCAAUACUUGAUACAAAACGAAUCCAAUGAAAUUCGCGCAGACAUACCCAAUUUUAAGCUGGCUAGAUUUAGGAUAUUCUAG